AAAAUUCAAAUAAAGUUUUCAGUUAUAUUAAAUUAUAGAGUUGCCCAACUUAAUUAAUUACAAUCAGUGUGUACAUAUUUGAAAGAACCGUUAAAGUCCUAGUGCAGGGAGCCAUUUUGUUUUUACCAUUUGUUUUGCGCUUUUCUUCGCAAAUAAGUUUUCAGUUCUUAUUCCUACUUCGUUCUCCAUGACAAGAGGAAAAUGCCUAAUUUCGAGCUAGAGGAUAUCUUUAUUGUGGAUAAGGAAAAUAAUGGGCAAAAUGCUGAUGGAUUUUAUCGCCUUUCGAAAAGUCAUUGGGUAAAGGAUUACGCGGACGAUAUACUUAAGACCCUGAUGGAGGACGAGAAACGUCGACGUCCCUUGUAUUACUUAUCUCGCCAAUUGAGCGAUCGCAGGAAAAUGUUGCAACUGUGCCAGCAUGUGGCAAGUUCCUACAAGUCGACACGUUGUGCCCUUCACCUAUCUGUCUACUAUAUGGAUCGCUUUGUGGACUUUUUUAAAAUCCGUCAGGAUAAAUUGUAUUUAAUCGCUAUGGUCUGUUUCCAUAUUGCCUCGCAAAUUGAGAAUGUGGAAGCUAGUGUGCCACGUUAUAUGGAUAUGAAUAAUAUGCUUAAAAACAUGAAUGGCAUGUCAUAUGCACCUUCUGAAUACAAAGCCGUCGAACGCAAAGUGUUGCAAUAUUUUGAUUUCCAACUAAUACGCCCAACUGUGGCUACUUUUGUGGAGUUCUUUGCCUGUAGUUUUCUCACUCGCUCCGAUUUUGAGGCCUACACGAAACUGUGCGAGGAACAUCCCGAAUAUGAACGUUAUGGCACUUUUCAGGAUAUGCUGGCCGAUCUGGUUCAUAUAUUGCUACGUAUGGCAGAUUAUACCAUUAGUAUACAUCGUUUUGGCAAUGAGCCGCCAUCCCUCUUGGCAGCCGCCUGUAUUGCGGCAGUCCGUCAGUAUAGCUGCUUGCCCCAACGCUGGACACCCCAGCUGACUGAAUUGACAUCGCAUUCGGAGCGUAUUAUUGAACCAUAUGUAGAUAUCCUAACACUUUAUCAUUAUUAUAGCAAAUCAUCGGCGGAACGUUUAAAAUCAUAUAUCGAAGAAUUGGAAGAAGAAACGAAGUAUCCGGUAGGUUAUAUGGGUUAUAUGAAUACUUCAAAUGCUGAUUCCGGCUGUGAUACAACAACGCCAAGUAAAAUAGAGAAAAUCGAAACGGUCAAUAUAAUAAGUGUGAAGCAAAUACGGAAACCAAAUUUUGAUCAUCAAACAGGAAAAGAUGACGAGAAGCCAACCAAAUCUGGCACAAACGACGAGGAUCAUCUAUCUGAUCAAUCCAUCAAAUCAAUAAACAAAGAGAAUAUUGAUCAAUCAUCAUCGAAUGACAAUGAAAAACCGUCCAUGAAGCGUAAACGCGAUGAGGAACUCUCUUCGGAUCUAUCAUUAAACGAUACUGGCCUAUCAUUAGACAUGUCUGAAGAGGAACUCCCAGGUUUAAAAGAGCUUCUGGAGCCAGCAUCAAAGAAGCAUUGUGGCGAACAUCAAGACACUGACAAUUCUCGUCACAAUGUGAAGUCCGAAAAAAAUUAAACAACAAUCCAACAAUUUUAGUUCACAUGAAUACACUGGAAUGUAUUCCUUGCAAAACUAAUAAGAAUUUACUUACAAACUUUCCAAUUUGAUUUUCCUGUAUAUUCAUAGUUCAAUAUGCCCGGAGAUGAUUUUUGUUAUACGAUAGAUCAAAUUUUGCCAAAUCCAACGACUAAAAUGCAGAAAUAGAAAUAUGAGUACAAACGAAUACAUAUGUACACAGCAGAAGCUAAAGCAGAAGCUGUUUUUUUUUGUUGUUUUCUAAAAUGUAUGUUAAUAUUUGCCCAAAUAUAAUUUGUUUCUCAAGUUGUAAAUGCUUUUGAAAAGCGCCACAAAAAAAAAACAAAAAUGUUUGUUUUAGAUCUAUAGGUAAAUCCAUUUGUACCUGAACAACCUGAGAAUCUAUCUAUAGCCCAAUCCCAUUUUCAUUCAUCCUCUUUACUCUUUAUAUACACAAUAUAGUAAUUUUUUACCAUUUA